AUGGCAACCUUUCACCCCUUUCCCCGUCUACCAUACGAGCUGCGGAUGCAAAUAUGGGAAGCGACAGUCGAGCCUCGCGUGGUAAACUUUGAGUUCAUCUAUCAGCGCAGGUGGAGAAUACCUGCCGAGCGACCGACUUACAUCAAAUCUUCCACACCUGUACCCGCCGUGCUUCAGACCUGCCAAGAAGCACGAAAUCAUGGGUUGUACCAGAAAUGUUUCUCGGAGAUUGCUAUACCGGGGCACGGCGCGCAGUACGUGUGGGUUAAUCUCGGCAUGGAUACCAUCGACAUCGGAGAGUCCAUGUUUGAAAGUUUCAAGCCGGUCGCUCCGCUCAUUCACCGACUGAAGUUUGCACGUGAAAUGCAGUCAGAGUUCUUCUACCAUUCGGAAGUUCGAGAGGUCCAGGAUUUUGUCAAUGCGAAGGAAAUUUGGAUCGUGCCUCUAGACGGCCUGAAUUCAUGUGUUGGAGCCACGGAGGAACAUUAUUGGCCAUGUGGGAAAGACAAUGUUUUCUAUAUUGAUCCUGAUAAUCCUGAACGAGUUUUCGUAGGAAGUGAUGGAGAAGAUGAGAUUGACACGCUCUAUGGGCCAGUGGAACUGUAUCAGUAG